GGUGUCACGGGGCUGCGGCGCGUGGCGGGAAAGCGCCACGAUGGCGGGCCGUCGCGGGGCCCUCAUAGUGCUGGAGGGCGUAGACCGCGCGGGAAAGAGCACGCAGGGCCGAAAGCUGGUGGCCACGCUGUGCGCCUCGGGCCACCGCGCCGAGCUGCUCCGCUUUCCGGAAAGAUCAACUGAAAUUGGCAAACUUCUGAGUUCUUAUUUGGAAAAGAAGAGUGAGGUGGAAGAUCACUCAGUGCAUCUCCUUUUCUCCGCCAACCGCUGGGAGCAAGUGCCGUUAAUCAAGAAGAAGUUGAGCCAAGGCGUCACGCUCGUGGUUGACAGAUACGCGUUUUCUGGUGUCGCCUUCACCAGCGCCAAGGAGAACUUUUCUCUGGACUGGUGCAAGCAGCCGGAUGUGGGCCUCCCGAAGCCGGACCUGGUGGUGUUCCUUCAGUUAGGGCUGGCGGAGGCCGCCGCGCGGGGAGAGUUCGGCCGCGAGCGCUACGAGAACGGAAAGUUCCAGGAGCGGGCGCUGCGUCGCUUCCAUCAGCUGCUGGCAGAUGAGACUCUGAACUGGAAGAUGAUCGACGCCUCCAAAAGCAUCGAAGACGUCCACGAGGAGAUCCACGCCCUCUCCAUGGACACCAUCCAGGCCGUGGCGCACAGGCCGCUGGGGGAGCUGUGGAAGUAGACUCGCAGCGGCCCUCAGGGCAGAGGUGCCCAGGAGGCGGCCGUCCCGACGCCGUGUGCAUACGAGGACCAGGCACCAGCGGCCCAUCAUGAGGCGCGGGGACUCCAAGCGCCCAGCAAGCAGGCGUCCGCCACUUGGACCCCGAGAUCCCAGCGCAGCUGCGUGUGUCUGACUGAGCUCGAUGCCCCCGUCCAAGCAGUCUCAUUGAAAUGGCGAUCGGCUGAAACUCUCCUCAAUCUUUUAUGGGAAUAAAAAUGACUUUGCAAACGUC